AGGGGCACGUCGAGAACGUGGCGUCCUGCAUGUUAUCAACACAGUCAUGUGUGUGGACAUUCGCGCUGUAAUGCAGAUUUUGCACAAACCGUGACUCUGCAAAUUGUUGACUUGAUAACCGCGUGUCACAACCCAGAGACAGUCCCUGGAAAACCGCUUAUCCAAGAAUUCUGAUAUCAUCCCACAAUGGCCAAGAACCUGAUCCAGUCGUUCGAGUCGGGACACAUCUACAGCAAGCAGCAAAAGAACGUGCUGAUUGUGUACGCCCACCAGGAACCCAAGUCCUUUAAUGGCGCCCUCUUGCGGAAGGCAGUGGAGACUCUGGAAGCAGACGGCCACAGCGUGGAGGUGUCCGACCUGUACGCCAUGCACUUUUACCCAAUAAGUGGAAGGACGGACAUUGUCGGUAGCGUCCGGGAUGAAAGUUUCUUCAAAUAUCAAAUGGAAACGAAAUCAGCAUGGCAGAAUGGAACCUUAUCUGAUGAUAUAAAAGUGGAAAUGGAGAAACUGAAACGAGCUGAUCUUGUGAUCUUCCAAUUUCCUUUAUACUGGUUCAGUUACCCCGCCAUCUUGAAGGGCUGGAUUGACCGAGUCUACGUCAUGGGCUUCGCCUACGGAGGCGGGAAAUUGUUUAGUGAUGGACCUUUAAAGGGUAAACGAGGCAUGCUGUCCUUUACAACUGGAGGGACAGGGGCUGCCUUCUGUGACGCUGGUAUGUUCGGAGAUAUGAACGUCCUACUGUGGCCCUUACAGAACGGCAUGCUAAGGGCUGUCGGACUUGAUGUCCUCGCCCCCAAAUACACUAUGCUGCUGCGCAUGUCAGUGACGAUGACCGGAAGCAGUGGCUGGAUGACUGGGCCAAACGUCUCAAUCACAUAUUCGAAGAACCGUCUCUCAAGUUUGUGGACUUUUCCAACUUUACAAACACGAAGCUGUCAGACAAAUAUCUAGAAGACGAAUCUGCGAAGCAGUAUGGCCCAACUAUAGGCCAGCACCUCGGCAAACCAUUCUCACCCACAGGAAUGCUGAAACCUUAGAGAAGACCACAUUUUGUAGCGUAAAUGCAGGGACUAGAAGCGGACGGAAGCGUUUUUGAAAAUCGAACCAUAUGUCAUCGUCAUGAUGUUUCUUCCAUGGCCGAAUACGUUAAGGAUGAUACAUCAACGAUCUAUUGUUUUCGUUAAACGAAAGAAGUUUAUUCUCAUUUCUCACACUUGCCCAUUUCGAAAAUCU